AUGCGACGGACGCCGACGAUAGUGCUCGCUGUAACGGCAGCUCUGGUGGCGGCUGUCCAUAUGCCCAAUGUCCACACUCGUUUGAAUCACAAUCUCGUGACGACAACCUCUACGCCGUCAAGAAGCACCCUUGGACCAACGACUAGGCCACCGGCGUUAGUGCACAACCGCACACAAGUGCAACAUCAGCAGGCAGCAGCAGUCGCCAUCCUUUCCUCCGCUCGGCAGCGCACCAUCUUCCCCAUCCUCGUCGUAGACGAUUCGCUGUACACAUGCAAAGUGCUUCCCAAGAUCUGCCAAGUCCCCAGCGACGACGUACAGUCAGGGGACGUAUGUCGGUUUCUCUUCCCCGAUUGCUACGGCGCGGUCGCCCACCGAGGCAAGGGGCGCGGGGAUGGCGUUCCCGACUGUGACACAACGCGCAUUGCCAUGGAAGUGGACGUUUUCCCAUGUACAGUACCAGCCAGUGCAUGCAAGCGUCCCGGUUGA